AUGGCUGACACUGAAAUAGAUGUGCCAAGUGGAAAUAAAGUUUUAGGUUGUGUUAAUGCAUAUGUUGAUACUCUUAAGCAAAAUUCUUUAGGCAGUUUCUCAAAUUUAUAUAAUGUUCCAUUCUCUAUUAUUGUUGUUUUUAUAUUAAUUAGCUUUGUUUUAAUACAAACUAGUGCUAUACAAGCUAUUAGCAAAAUUUUUAUAAAUCAUGAUAAAGCAGAAAAUGGUAACAACGCAAAUAAUAGUACAUCUCAUAAUACUAAGCAUCCAGAAUAUAGAAUCCUUAGUUCAACAAGUAAUUCAAGCUCGACUCAUCUUGCUCCAACAAGUAACUUAGGUCCACUUCACCAUAAUCCAGCAGGUUGUCCAUACCCAAUUCAUCAUAAUCAUAAUAUAAUUAAUGGAGCUGCUUUUUUCAUAACUACUGCCUUGGUUUCUCUGUCUAAUAUUUUAUCUGGUUACCAGAAUUUGGCUUCAAAACUUAGUUGGUUAAAUGGUUUACCAAGCAGCCUUAAUCUUAUAUCAAGUGUCUGUGAUAAAAAUAUACGAAUGGCUAUAUGCCAUAUGACAAAUAUUUGUAAAACAUCUACAGAUAUUGAGUAUGUGAAUAACAAUAUCUGUGGUUUAGAUAUGUCUUCUGGCUUCUUAAAUUUUGAAAUAGCCUUGAAG